CAUUCGAAAAUGUUUAGUUUCUCGGGUCAGACUGACUUCGGUGGGCGUCGAUGUGUGUGGGUCAAUGGUCCGGUCAUAGUUGGGGCCGGACCCUCAGGGCUAGCCGUCUCGGCUUGCCUUAAGGAACAAGGCAUUCCCUUUGUGGUCAUUGAAAGAUCCGACUGCAUUGCUUCCCUGUGGCAAAAACACACCUACGAUCGCUUAAAACUUCACCUCCCGAAAAAAUUCUGCCAACUUCCCAAACAGCCCUUCCCCGAGGAAUACCCCGAAUACCCAACCAAGAAACAAUUCAUUUCGUAUCUCGAGAAUUACGCUCAGAAAUUCGACAUCAAACCGCAAUUCAACGAGUGCGUGCAGUCGGCUAAGUACGACGAAGCCUGCCAUCUUUGGCGGGUUAUAACCGUUUCAACCACUGGGUUGGUCCGGUUGGAAACAGAGUAUAUCUGCCAGAUGCUUGUGGUGGCGACCGGAGAAAAUGCUGAAGGGGUAGUACCGGAAAUCGAAGGAUUAAAAGAGUUUUCCGGUGAAGUCAUCCAUGCAAAACACUACAAGUCCGGCGAGAAACACAAAGGAAAGAAAGUGUUGGUCGUCGGAUGUGGAAAUUCCGGCAUGGAAGUCUCUCUUGAUCUCUCCAACCAUAAUGCUAAACCAGCCAUGGUUGUUCGAAGCUCGGUCCAUGUUUUACCACGAGAAAUUUUCGGAAAAUCGACAUUCGACCUCGCCAUGAUGCUAAUGAAAUGGCUACCGUUAUGGCUGGUUGACAAGCUUCUAUUAAUCUUGGCAUGGUUCAUCCUAGGAAGCACACAAAAACUAGGCAUAAAAAGACCAUCUUUAGGUCCAUUACAACUCAAAAACCACCAUGGAAAGACUCCAGUUCUCGAUAUCGGAGCACUCGAAAGAAUCCGAUCCGGCGACAUUACCGUCGUCCCCGGAAUCAAAAGAUUCAAUUCCAAUUCCGUCGAGCUCGUCAACGGCGACACCCUUAACAUCGAUUCAGUGGUUUUAGCAACUGGGUAUUGCAGCAAUGUUCCUUACUGGCUUCAGGAAACAGAAUUCUUUGCCAAAAAUGGAUUCCCGAAAACCCCAUUUCCAAAUGGGUGGAAAGGAAAGUGUGGAUUAUAUGCAGCAGGGUUUACAAGACGAGGACUUGCAGGUGCAUCUGCUGACGCCAUGAAAAUUUCUCAAGAUAUUGGGAAAGUAUGGAAAGAGGAGCUGAAUCAGAAGAAACAGAAGGUUCCAACACAUAGAAGAUGCAUUUCAACCUUCUAA